AUGCCGCCCAAGAAAAGCGCACCCAAGCCGGCUGCGGCAUCAGCUGCGGCGGCAAAGGUUAAACAGACCGCAGCAACUACAACUACUACGACGAAGGCAGCUACGAAGGCUAACACCAAAACAACAACGAAAGCGAAGAAGACAACUGCCACGACCAGUACUGCUCGCAAAGCUCCAACUGACAAGCGAGAGGCCCCUGCGAAGCCCAAGAAGACCACCAAAAGACAAACCGCGAAAUCUGCCACGGCUCCCAAGAAGGGCGGUGGAACGGACGACAACCUUGCAAGCAAGAAGCGUGAAGUUGAGCCUGCGAAACGUGCAAAGCGGAAGGCGGAAGUUGUCGAUGAAGCUCCAGCUCGCGAUUUGAAAAAGGCCCGCGUUGCCAAACCCCGGGUUACUAAACCGAAGCCGAAGGUGGUCAUCAACCAUGCGCCAACCACUCGACUAAAUGUCUAUGUGUGCGGCGAAGGCAGCUCUGGCGAGUUGGGCCUGGGAUCUGCUAAGAAUGCAAUUGACGUGAAGCGGCCUCGGUUGAAUGCCAACUUGCCAGCGGACCGUGUCGGUGUCGUGCAGGUCGCUGUUGGUGGGAUGCAUUGCGUUGCACUUACGUAUGACAACAAGAUCCUUACAUGGGGUGUCAAUGACCAAGGAGCCCUUGGCAGAGAUACUACUUGGGACGGUGGGUACAAAGAUAUGGACAAAGCCGACAAUGAGUCAGACUCGGACUCCGAUGAUGACAUUGCUUUAAAUCCCCACGAAUCAAAUCCCACUGCUAUUCCGUCAGAGGCUUUCCCAAAAGACACCGUCUUCGUUGAAGUUGCUGCUGGCGACAGCUCAAGUUUUGCCCUUACGGAUGACGGUCAAGUCUAUGGUUGGGGAACAUUCAGAAGCAAUGAUGGUAUCUUAGGUUUUGAUGCCACCAAUAAAGUCCAGCUUACGCCUAGUCUGAUACCGUCUUUGAAGAAAAUCAAACACCUGGCUUGUGGCGAUAAUCAUGUCCUGGCACUGAACGAAAAAGGUGCUGUAUUUUCAUGGGGUUCGGGCCAGCAAAACCAACUGGGCCGUCGUAUCAUUGAGCGAAACAGAUUGAACGGCCUGCAGCCGCGCGAGUUUGGCCUGCCGAAGAAUAUUGUGCAUAUCGGCUGUGGGGCUUUUCACUCUUUCGCUGUUCAUCAGUCCGGAGAGGUCUACGCAUGGGGUUUGAACAGUUUCGGCGAAACGGGUAUCAGGGCUGGUGCCGGUGACGAUGAAGCUGCAAUUGUGCAUCCCACCGCCGUGGAGUCGCUAUCUGGGAAAGCAGUUACACAGAUCUGCGGCGGCGCCCAUCAUUCGCUUGCCAUCGCUGAUAAUGGAGAGUGCCUUGUAUGGGGACGAUUGGAUGGCUACCAAACAGGUCUGAAAAUCGACAGUCUACCUGAGGAUGCGGUCAUUAAGGACGAGCGCGGACGGCCUCGUAUCUUGAUAGAGCCUAAAGCUGUUCCUGGAGUCAAAGCCAAUACUGUUGCAGCUGGUUCAGACCAUUCACUCGUCAUUGAUGUUGAUGGUCGUCCUUGGUCGUGGGGAUUCUCUGCCACCUAUCAAACAGGCCAGGGUACACCGGAUGACAUUGAAAUAGCGACUGUCAUCGAGAAUACUGCCGUUCGUGGGAAAAAGUUAAACUGGGCCGGCGGUGGUGGACAAUUCUCCGUGUUCACUGAGCCGGCAACAUUAGCAUAA